UUUUACACGUGAUUGUUUUUAUUUUUGAGUUUUUUCAAAAAUCUCUGAAACAUUGGUCCUGUUGACACUAAAAUAAUCCCGUCUCUAUUCGAUGGGGGUUACUCAUAACUUGUAUAGGUGAGACUCGUUCUAAUACAGAGAUACAUACAUAUAUAUUCAAUUGCAUCAAAAAAAUAUUUGUCGUCUUAAUUGACUGUGCAGAGCCUCGAAGAAUAUCUUAUAUAAUUGCAAAAGGAUAAUAAAACUAACAUCAGUACUUUUGAGAAUAUACUGGUGGUAUGAUAACAGUUAUCAGACGAGGAAGAUGGAUAUUUAAACAAAUAUACAGGUUUAAUAGUAAUUCAACCGUAAGACCGAGUGGAACUAAUAGUAAUAGUGCAAAUUCCAGUGGAUACACAUUCACAUCCUACACAACUCCAUAUAAUGAUAAAUUCUAUCAACCAAUAAUUUCUGAAGGUUAUCGAGGAUUUGAUAAAUUGAUUAUUCCGAAGGAUUUUCAAGCCAAGAACCAAGAGAUCGAGUUUGAUGGCUUAGUGCAGCAGCAGGAAUUAAGAGAAAUUGCUGAAAGUUUUAAUUUUGAACAGAGUCCUAUAAAGGUAUCCAUUGGAUAUGGAUCUGGUGUAUUUCCCCAGAAUGGAUAUAAUAAUACUCCUGAAGAAGGAGAUAAAUUGUCGGUUAAAACUGAAGAAGAAGAAACGCAAAUCGAUUUAAUCAAUGUUGUAAAGGAUAAUCAAACUUUUCAUCGGUAUAAUUUACAACGUCAUCGAGAUCAUUAUUCAAUAAAGAGUCUUCCCAUUAUCAAAUUUAUUCAGGGCCGAGAUGGUAUUUAUUUUAAUCCAUUUGUGAAAUUAAAAGGUCAUCUUAUAAAGUACGGCAUUAUAUCAUCAGGGGCAGCGCAAAUGGACCUUAUGGAAUGGUCCUCAUUAUAUUUUGCAGGACGCUUGCAGAAGCCAGUGAACUAUAUACGAUUGGAUGAAGAUGAAGGUCAGAUGAUUAAGUUUCUUAAUCAAUACAACUUAAAGAAUGCAAUGACUGUCGGGAUAAUCUUAUUACAAGAACAGCAAUUUAAUGAGCAAGAGUUGUAUGAACAAAUAACUCGCAUAAGUUAUAUGGGAGAUUUUCGAACUUAUGUUGGUGGAGAGAAUCCGAAUAAAGUAAAAAAUAUAGUUGAAAAGCAAUUGAAAUAUUUUAAACUGUUAUAUGAACCAAUCUUACAGUAUUUCAUUCAUAAGAAUUAUUUAAUUAUUGUCGAUAAUAAUGAAGAACAAAAAGUAUUUAAAAAGAACCUCAAUAUCAACAACAAAAUUAAUCUUAUAUCAACUUUACCAUUAAAUUUCCGAAUUCAAUUAUAUCAAAUGUAUCAAGACAAAUCACUUAAAGAAAUUGCUAAAGAUAAGGAUUUACCAUUGAAAAUUAUAAAGUUAAUUCAAAGGGUAGUUAGAAACAGUUCUAUUAAGCAAGCUAUAAUGGGGAUAUUCAGUUCAGGAAUUAUUAAAUCUAUAAAAUAUGCAUUUGCCAAGCAAGUUAAAUACUGGCGAGCUCGUUAGAUAGUCGUAGUACAAAACUAUCUGACUUUACCAACCUUGACCAUUAGCAUAUCAUAUCAUAUCAUAUCAUUACAUAAAUAGAUUGCGUAUGUCUUCUAAUAUUGAAAGUUGGACAGACAGACAGAAAAUCAAACAGACAGACAUUUGUAAAAUUAGUAGCAUAAUAAUAAAUAUCUAAUAAUAAAAAUUUAAUAAUAAUCGUAUAAAU